AUGGACUACUACUCGAUGGGCUCAGAGAAGCCCUCCGAGCGCUCAAGAUGGACGCCACUGACACGCAUGCUUCUCUCGGGUGAGAUGACGCAAGAAAAGCAGAAGCAGCUGACAUCGAGGGAGAAAUUCGAUCGCUGGAUGAUCAACGAGGGUUACCGAAGAUUUUUUGUCUUCGUCUUCAUGAUCCUCCACGGACUCGUCUUUGCGCUUGCCUGCGUCAACUUUGCCCUCAAGGACAAUCUGCAGGUCGCACGAGACAUAUUCGGCCCAACUUUUGUCAUCGCCCGUGCCGCGGCUCUCGUCCUGCACGUCGAUGUUGCCCUCGUACUCUUUCCUGUCUGUCGCACAUUCAUCUCGCUCGCUCGCCAAACGCCUCUCAACGGCAUCAUCCAGUUCGAUAAGAACAUCACCUUCCACAAGACGAUUGCCUGGUCCAUUGUCUUUUUCUCAUGGGUUCAUACGAUUGCUCACUGGGUCAACUUUGGCAUGAUCGCCGCCAAGAACAACCUUGGUGUCUACGGCUGGCUGCUGGCCAACUUCGUAUCAGGUCCCGGUUGGACUGGUUACGUUAUGCUCAUCGCCCUCAUGGGCAUGGUUAUCACGUCAAUGGAGAAGCCCCGACGCGCCAACUACGAGAGAUUCUGGUAUACCCAUCACAUGUUCAUCGUUUUCUUCUUUUUCUGGUCCAUUCACGGCGCAUUCUGCAUGAUCCAGCCUGAUUUUGCGCCCUUCUGCAUCAGUAUCGGCCCGAGCGCGAUCGGCGUCUUCUGGCAGUACUGGAUGUACGGCGGUUUCUGCUACCUCGCUGAGCGCAUCGCCCGUGAGGUGCGUGGCAAGCACAAGACAUACAUCUCCAAAGUCAUUCAGCACCCCAGCAAUGUCUGCGAGAUUCAGAUUAAGAAAGAAAACACCAAGACACAGGCCGGCCAGUACAUCUUCUUCUGCUGCCCCGCCGUAUCAAUCUGGCAGUACCACCCUUUUACCCUAACGAGUGCGCCCGAGGAAGACUACAUCUCUAUCCACAUGCGUGUAGUUGGUGAUUUCACUCGCGCCGUCUCUACCGUAUUGGGCUGCGAGUUCGACAAGAAGAAGGACGGUAGCAAGGUCGUCGGUGUCAAUGGCGAUGGAAGCGAUGUCGAUCCUGCUCUGCGCCGCGUGCUGCCUCGCAUUUACAUUGACGGACCCUUUGGAUCGGCUUCGGAGGAUGUCUUCAAGUACGAGAUCUCUGUUCUCUGCGGCGCAGGAAUCGGCGUCACGCCGUUUGCAUCCAUUCUCAAGUCCAUCUGGUAUCGCAUGAACUACCCUCAGAAGAAGACGCGCCUCAGCAAAGUUUACUUCUUCUGGAUCUGCAGAGAUUUCGGCUCCUUUGAGUGGUUCCGCUCGCUGUUGCUCGCCAUUGAAGCGCAGGACGUUGACAAUCGCAUCGAGAUCCAUACCUACCUGACCGCCAAGAUCAAGGCAGACGACGCAACAAACAUCAUGAUCAAUGAUGCCAACGCUGACAAAGACACCAUCACCGGUCUGAGGUCGCCGACGAACUUUGGACGGCCCAACUGGGACAUGAUCUUCCGUGGAAUCAGAAAGCUGCACUCGCCUGCUGAGGCUGGGGUGUUUUUCUGUGGUCCCAAGGGCCUUGGCAGUACACUGCAUAUCUUUUGUAACAAGUACAGCGAACCAGGCUUUUCGUUCAAAUGGGGCAAAGAGAACUUCUAA